UGGCUUGCCCAUAUAUUGUUCUUCAGGCCAUAACCCCAGCACAGACACACGGCCUCUCCCUCUCUCUCUCAGAAACACAGAACAUAGACAAAUUAUAUAUAAGCACAUAAAAGCUGUUUUUAAGCUGAAAUUCUGAACGUUGAUAGGCAAAAUGGGGUUCAAGCCAUCAGACAAGCCAAAGCCAAAGCACAGGAAGGGCUUAUGGUCGCCGGAAGAGGAUCAAAGGCUCCGAAACUAUAUCAUCAGACACGGCCAUGGCUGCUGGAGCUCCGUCCCCAUAAACGCCGGCUUACAGAGGAAUGGAAAAAGCUGCAGAUUAAGGUGGAUUAAUUACCUAAGGCCAGGAUUAAAGCGAGGGAUAUUUAGCAAGGAAGAGGAGGAGACAAUCCUGACCUUUCAUCACAUGUUGGGCAACAAGUGGUCGCAGAUAGCACAUCAUUUACCUGGAAGAACAGAUAAUGAGAUAAAGAACUACUGGCAUUCCUAUUUGAAGAAGAAAGUGAACAAAGCUGAAGAAAUGGAUGCUCACACUAAAACUCCGUAUGCUAGUUCAAGCUCAGAUACUAUGGAUUCCUCACUCUCUCCCAAGAAGGCCAGAAUUGGAGUUCCAAAUUCUGAUUCUUCAAUUGAAUACAUGGAAAAAACAUCAACAUAUACUGACCAAUCCAUUUCACAGAGUACUUCUGACUUCCCUAAGGAGGCUAACCGUAGCUUCUUACCAAAGCUUUUAUUCUCUGAAUGGCUUUCCCUAGAUCACGUUCAUGGUGGGAGCUUUGCAAAUUCAGGUGAGGGACUGAUUUCUAGAGAUGCAUUUUCUCAUAAUUCGAACAUGCAAUACACUCCCAUGCAUGGUUUUUUGUUGAAUGAUGGAAUGUAUAGCGGUGAGUUUCAUGACGGGCUAAGUCAUGGGAGUGGUUCGGCCACUGAAAUGUUCAGCUCACAAUUUAAGUUCGAAGAUCAAAUCUCAGAAAGUGGGAUUGUCGGUUUAAUCUCCGAGGGUAAUGUAUGCAGUGAUUUCAACAUUAGUAAUAAUGUAAUGUACUAAUAAGGGCAAGAUUCAAGGGCAAGAUCAGGCAAGAGUAACUUCUAAUUGUUCUUGUAAUAAUUAAAUUGGUACUACAAAUGGUCUAAAAUAGAGUUUCCUUUCAUAAUGAAAUAGGAAAUAUUGUGGACAAAAUAAGAUUAAUGAACGGUUAUUCAUUGUGCUA